GUAGCGUGUGAUAAAAACAAAACGUGUUUUGGGUUUGCCUGCGUAAUUUCACAAUUUUUGAAUUUCGCUGCUAAAUUUCCCUAAAAAACUGUAAAAAUAUACUUCAAUGACGAAGAAAAAGCCUCUUGGAGCCGGCUUGAGUCGUGAGGAGCGGAUGCUGAUAGUGGUGGGUGAAAUCAUCCAGGAACUGCUGAAAGCCCAUCACGAUGGAAAAGAUGUGAACCUGAACCGGCUGAAGACUCGGCUUGCUUCGAACUAUGGUCUUUCGAGUGCUCCUCGGCUUGUGGACAUUAUUGCCGCAGUUCCACAUGAAGUUAAACCGAUCCUGCUUCCCAAGCUGAAAGCGAAACCAAUCCGAACGGCUAGUGGGAUUGCGGUGGUGGCCGUGAUGUGUAAGCCUCAUCGUUGUCCGCACAUCAACAUGACCGGCAACAUAUGUGUGUACUGUCCCGGCGGGCCGGACAGUGACUUUGAGUAUUCCACUCAGAGCUACACCGGAUACGAGCCGACCUCGAUGAGGGCUAUCCGGGCCAGGUACAAUCCUUUUCUACAAACUCGGCAUCGUGUUGAGCAGCUCAAACAGCUGGGCCACUCGGUUGACAAGGUAGAGUUCAUCGUUAUGGGGGGAACUUUCAUGUGCCUCCCAGAGGACUAUCGAGACUAUUUCAUAAGGAAUUUGCACGACGCCUUGUCCGGUCAUACCAGUUCCAGCGUGGAGGAAGCCGUUCGAUAUUCGGAAAAGUCUCAUACCAAAUGCAUUGGUAUUACGAUUGAAACACGUCCGGAUUAUUGCUUAAAGAGGCAUCUGUCGGAUUUGCUAGCUUAUGGUUGUACCCGUUUGGAAAUAGGAGUGCAAUCUGUUUACGAAGACGUUGCUCGAGACACCAACAGAGGACACACAGUCAAAGCGACUUGCGAAAGCUUUCAGAUGUCCAAGGACGCCGGCUUCAAAGUAGUUUCCCACAUGAUGCCGGAUUUGCCAAAUGUUGAUAUCGAACGAGACAUUGAACAGUUCAUAGAAUUUUUUGAAAAUCCCGAUUUCCGUGCCGACGGUUUAAAAAUCUACCCAACUCUGGUUAUUCGAGGUACCGGUCUAUACGAGCUGUGGAAAACCGGUCGUUACAAGAGCUACCCUCCAUCGACUCUAGUGGAUUUGGUUGCUAAAAUAUUGGCGCUAGUUCCCCCUUGGACCCGAGUUUAUCGGGUACAGCGAGACAUCCCGAUGCCACUGGUCAGCUCCGGCGUCGAACACGGCAAUCUGCGAGAGCUAGCUCUGGCUCGAAUGAAAGACCUCGGAACAGAUUGCCGAGAUGUUCGAACCCGCGAAGUCGGUAUCCAGGAAAUUCACAACAAAGUUAGACCGUACGAGGUCGAACUAAUUCGUAGGGACUACGUGGCAAAUGGUGGCUGGGAGACGUUCCUGUCCUACGAGGAUCCCAAACAGGACAUUCUGAUUGGAUUGCUUCGGCUGCGCAAAUGUUCACCGGACACUUUCCGCCCGGAGCUCGUUGAUCAGUGUUCGAUCGUGCGGGAGCUACACGUUUAUGGAUCGGUUGUUCCGGUCAAUGCACGGGAUCCCACCAAGUUCCAGCAUCAGGGGUUCGGAAUGCUGCUGAUGGAGGAAGCCGAACGUAUUACCCGGGAGGAACAUGGAAACAAAAAGUUGGCCGUCAUAUCUGGCAUUGGAACGCGGAACUACUACCGCAAGAUGGGAUACGAGCUUGAUGGUCCUUACAUGUCUAAAAUGUUGGUCUAAGACAUUUUCAUAAGGUGAGUUAUUUUUAUUUUCUUCUUUUGCUGAAUAAAUAAUUUUAUAAAGCAUUCA